GUCCAUUUUUAAUAUUUUCUAUCGUUGAAAUUUGAGGACGACUUAUAAAUCCAGUUCACUGCCAGUUUGCUUCCAGAUUUUUAUAUAGAGAGAAUCUUUGAAGCUGGGUUGGAAUCUGCAUGACCAUGAUAUAUUUGCAGCUUUACACGCAAAAUGGAUAAAAUGUCUCCUUAAAAUAUGUAAGAUUCAGUCAUUAUUACACAAAUUGUUUUAAGGAAUUCAUUAAUUCCCGCUCAGAUUGCUAUGCUCCUCAAUCCAUUUUAGCUGUUCAGGAAAUUAGAGAUCCCCAUUUCUUUUAAUGAUCGGAAUUCCACUUAAUUACAGCUAUCAUCCUUUCCGCAAUUUGGUUUACAUAUUCAAACUGAAUCCUGAAAUGGGUUUCUUAUGAAUCUUCUUCUGACAAAUAUCAUAGAGUUGGUUGCUUGACAGCCCUUUUAAUGGGAAACGCUUAGUGGUCCUCAUUCCCGCAGAAAGCCUACACUGGGUUGCUCAGAAAACCUAGCUUUUGCAUGAAAUUAAAAGUGGAGGCUGAAGAAUCCUUUGUUUCUCUGCAAUCGGACUGUUCAAUAAUCCUGAGCGAGAGAGAAAAUCUGUUAUCCGUUCCUUCAGCUAGGUGUUCUGAAGAUUUGAUAUCAAUCAUGGGUGUGUCUGAUGAAGGGAAAUCAUCUGAAGAGGUUCCUAGUAGAAGGUUUCGCUAUAAUUCCCCUGUUGUUCAGAUUAUUCUGAUUGGUUUGAUCUGCUUCUGCUGUCCUGGCAUGUUCAAUGCUCUCACAGGUAUGGGAGGUGGAGGACAGGUGAACGCAGAUGCAGCCAACAAUGCCAAUACUGCUCUUUACACAACAUUUGCAGUGUUUGGCAUACUGGGUGGGGGGAUUUACAACCUGCUAGGGCCUCAUCUGACCCUGUUUGCAGGAUGCUCCACCUAUGUGCUCUAUGCAGGAUCAUUUCUCUAUUACAAUCAUCACCAGCAUCAAUUAUUUGCUAUAAUUGCAGGGGGGGUUUUGGGUAUUGGAGCAGGACUGCUAUGGGCAGGCCAAGGUGCCAUCAUGACUUCAUACCCUAGUGAAGACAAGAAGGGCAAAUACAUAUCCUUGUUUUGGAGUAUUUUCAAUCUUGGAGGUGUGAUUGGAGGUUUCAUCCCCUUUCUAUCAAAUUACCACAAGGAAUCAGGGAAUGUGAAUGAUGGAACAUACAUUGGAUUCAUGUGCUUCAUGCUUGUUGGUACUUUUCUGACAUGGGCCCUGCUUCCACCCCACAAAGUAGUCAGGAAUGAUGGAACUAAGGCGACCCUGAUGAAGUAUUCCAAUCCCAGAACUGAAUUCCUGGAGGUUCUCAAGCUGUUUUUGAAUUGGAAGAUGCUGCUGCUGGUUCCUCCUUCUUGGGCUAGUAAUUUCUUUUACACCUACCAAUUCAAUCAUGUUAAUGGUAAGCUUUUCACAGUAAGAACAAAGGGAUUCAACAAUAUAUUUUACUGGGGUGCUCAAAUGUUGGGAUCUGUGGGAAUAGGGUAUAUUCUUGACCAUGGUUCUCAGAGCAGGAAGAAAAGGGGAUAUAUAGGUGUGUGUACUGUUGCCUUGCUUGGGACUGCCAUAUGGGGUGGAGGGCUUGCCAAUCAGCUGAAAUACAAUGGGGAAGAACCUAAUCUGGAUUUCAAGGACUCUGGGGCCUCUUAUGCAGGCCCAUUUGUCCUCUACUUCUCCUAUGGUCUUCUGGAUGCUAUCUUCCAAACUUUGGUCUAUUGGAUGAUUGGAGCUCUUGCUGAUGACUCCCAAACCCUAAGUAGGUACAGUGGAUUCUACAAAGGUGUGCAGAGUGCAGGAGCAGCUGUUGCUUGGCAGGCUGAUGCACACAAUACUUCUCCAACAGCAGAACUAGUAAUCAACUGGUGUCUUACCUCCAUCAGCUAUCCCCUUCUACUUAUUCUUGUUGCCUUGGCUGUGCAUGACAAAACGACUGAUGCAACUGAUCUUGAAGGGGGUGGGGAUAAAGAAAAUGGAACAGCAAAGGACAGCAUGCAAGUGUAGUUGCAGAGAAAUUCUCCUUACAGAGGAGUGUAGCAAUGGAUAUCACGCAUUCAACGCAAUUUACUAAAUCAUGAAAGUAAUUGUAAUGCAAGCUUUGGUUUAAACUGAUUAGGUCUACUCAGUACUUUAUUGUGAAUCCGUUACCAAGUUCUGAUUUUCCUCCUUGUUAAAGUUGUCUAUUUCCUGUUAUGAUUUCUCCGAGGAAUGCUGAUGAAAUGUGCUCAUCUUGUUUUCUGUUUGCAAAAUUGUGUGAGUGAAACAGAUCAGAAGUGAUUAUUCUGUCAGACUAGACUUUUGUUUUUUACUUGAAUGUAAAAGUGUGUGCAUUUGUGGAA